AUGAUGCCUAUGAAAAAUUUUCUAAUUUACAACGUCGAUAGUAAGAAGUCAUAUGUUUGUUCAAAUAAGGAGAUUUAAAAUGGAACACUGGAGCAAUAAUUAAAGAAAAAAAAGGAAGGAGUAAAAAGUCUAUUUUAAGGUUUAGCAAAAAUGCAAGUGUGGAUAGAAAGUAUUUUCUAUAUAUUCUAUAUUGAAAGGAGAGUUUAAAGAAGAAAAAAAGAAAUAAUUAUCAUAUUACAAUGCUAGAAAAGAGGAAAUUACAAAAAGAUUAGAAGUUAUAGAGGAAUAUGAGCAGGCGAAAAAAAUUAAGAGUCAAGCAAAAAUUAAUAGACUAGUUAAUAAGAAAAGAAGUAAUAUUGUUCAGUAUAUUAGAAAAUAGGGAGAAAAAGAUUAAUAGAAUAAAUUUAAUAAUAUAUUAUAGUAAGCUAUUGUAAAAGUAAAGCCUAAUGUAAAUUGGAGUGAUAUAGCAGAUUUAGAAUCUGCUAAGCUUGCCUUGAAUGAAGCUGUCCUUUUUCCAAUAAAAUUCCCUCAUUUCUUUGAAGGAGCAAGAAAACCUUGGAAAGGAAUUCUUAUGUAUGGAGUAAAAAUUAAGAAAAAAAAAAUUAGCCUCCAGCACCUUCUUUUCUAUAACUUCUACUGAUCUCGUCUCAUAAUAAGAGGGAGAGAUUGAAUAAUUGAUAAAGACUCUAUUUACAAUGGCUAGAGAAUAAAAACCAUCGAUUAUUUUUAUAGAUAAAAUUAAUUCUCCUCUUCAAGCUUAAGAAGAUGUUCAAAAUGAUACAAACAAAAGAGUUAUUACUGAAUUUUUGAGGUAAAUGUUAGAAAUUGGAUAGGAUAAUAUUGAAGUCCUUAUACUUGGUGCAACUAAUCUACCAUGGGCUUUAGACACUCCUAUUUGCAAAAGGUAAUUAUUUACUAUGUCUAAUGUUUUUAGAUUUGAAAAAAAAAUAUAUAUUCCACUUCCUGAUAAAUAAUCAUUUUAAGAUCUAUCGGAUAUUCUGAAUUAGAUAUUAGUUUAUUAAUAAGAGAUGCUGCUUAUGAACAAGUUAGGAAACUUCAAUCAGCCAAAAAUUUAAAUAAAUCACAAUUAAUGGUUAAUUUUAAUGGACUCCUGUUGCAGACAACGAAGAAGGAACUCCAAAAUCUUUUAUGGAACUAAAUCAAAAAGAUAUUGUUCUUCUAAUGUUUGUUAUUGUGAUUUCCUAUUAGCAUUGAAAAAAUUUAAGAAAUCUGUUUCAUUAGAUUAACUAAGAGAAUAUGAAAAAUGGUCUAAAUAAUUUGGACAAGAAAGUUGA